CAGAAAUGUUGUUGCUAUUUGCCUUACCAGCAAUGGCGUUCGCUUUCGACGAUGCUCCUACUAUGGAUCCAAUGAUUCCUACAGUUAGCCCCGGUCCUGGAACACAUCCAGAUUCGUGCGUUGGACAGUGUGCAUUCACGUUCGUGGAACAAAUACGAAGGCAGUUGGGAAACACAAAAACUGCUUCACUUUUACAGCUCAACUAUAACGACUUCCUCACUGCGUUUUCUAAUACAACAUUUUUCGAGAAUUUCUGUAUGAUUUAUCACAAUUUCCAACACUGCGCAUCAAAAUGCGAACCCGGUUUUCUACAUCAGCUACUGAUGAAAAGUGCAGAAAUCAUCGACCACUACUGCGUUUACAAUUUUGAUGCGAUUCGUGCCAAAUUUCCGUGCCUCGAAAAAGUCGAAUCUAAUGUGGACUGCAUCAAAUCCUGCACUCGUCAUCAUGAUGCGGUGACGUCGUUAAUAGACAAUUUCCGUAAUUUGGCUCUCAAUGGAGAUUCCACACGAGCUGAACAGUAUUUAGCAGAAAGUUGCGAAUAUGUGACAUGUACAUUGCACUGCGAUGUACCAGCCAUCGCACAUCGCUGCGAUUUUGAGACGGCAAAUUUGGUCAUCGACUUGACACGACGAUCAUUUGGUAGCAUGGAGAAGAUGGCUUUAGAUACAAAUGUCGUGAGCAAAUGGCCAGCCGUGUGCUCAGAUAUCAAAACUUAUCGACUCCCACAACCUGCCGAACCACCAAAGGACAAUGGAGUUGUGGCUCAGAGCCAAACCAAAGUCCCAGAAGAAGUGGCAACUACAAUCGCUCCAAUACAUGAGGCAAUGAGGAACUCAGCAAUCAUCAAUGGAAUCUUCACUGCAUUAGCAGUGCUCGUCCUACUCUUCUAGGUUGUUCGUUAUAGCCUUCCUGAUUUGUAUGUUCAUAUGUGUUCUGUAUCAUAUCUUCACUUACAACGGGUACAUUGUUUAUAAACUUUC